AUGGAGAUUAUUGAAAGUGCUGAGAGGACUGGAGAGGACAACCUCAAUCUUGCUUUAGUCAGAAGGGAAGCAAUGGACUCUGAAAAUAUGGAGUCUCACUUAAACAGCAUUGUUUUGAGGGAGACAGAUGAUUUAAUGGAAGUAAUGCCUAGUUCUUCUCAAAAGCUGACUAAGGAGGCUAGUGGUAAGAUAGGGAAAAAGGCAAAUGGUGCAGGAUGGAAAAGGAGAGUUACUACAGGUGGGAGGCUAUCUAGGAUUUCUGAAACUUUCCAAGAGGAAGAGAAUAUCACUGGAAUAAAAAGGAGCAGGGAACUUAAACAGUUCCAGAUCACUGUCAGAAAUGGUGCUAAAACAAAGAUCAGUGAAUGCAAUUGGGUUCCUGGACUGAAUGGUGGAUCUCCAACACUGAAAGCUGAAAUAAAUGGCAGCCUUUUCUGGGUAAAGGAUCUCCUCAUUGCUGGAGGUUUGCACUGGGACUCAACUCUGAUUAAAGCUUUAUUUGAAGAAAGGGAUGCUAAUCUGAUUCUGCAAAUCAAUACUCUGAAUCCAAAUGUGGCUGACAAAUGGAGGUGCUCUUUCCAAGGGAAGGGGAAAGGGAAAUCUAAGCACGUGAGCUGA